AUGAAUCUACUCAUCAUGUUUUCUGAUUUUUGCCGCCACCGCUAUCUCAGUGAUCGUCAUUCGUUUGUGCGCACCACUGACAGAGCUACCUUCCCCACCUCCACCAUUGACACAGCCUCAAACAUGGUCGGAGGGUGGCUUCCCAAUUUACAGAAGCGGAUGCUUCUCUAUGUGCUCCAACAGCUCGCCUUAUUCAGCGACAUCGACAUGCCUAACCUCACCCAGGUGUCACUCAAUGGCAUCGUCCUCAACCAAAUCACCGUCGACGCCGAUAAGGUGAUGGCCCGUUUCGCCAAGCAGUCGGUGUUCCAUUUACGAAGUGGCAUCGUUGGUGAGUUCCUGGUGAAACCAGUGGGAGCAGGUAUCAGCAUCGACGCCAGCAAUGUCGACUUGGUGGUGGCAAUCAGCUUGGGAGAGCUCCCGAAAAACCCCGAGGAACUCGAGGCGCUGAUAGCCGAAAGCAUCCUGGAGAUGCUUGCUCAGCUGCUGGCAGAACUUGUGCGAGUAUUGGAGGAUGAAAGUGAUAGCGAUAUCGAUGAGAAUGCUCAACCCCAGGGCGCACUUGGCGGCGUCGUCGCUCGUGCGGUGGAAAUGGCUCUCGCUCGUCUCCAAAUCGACAUCAAAGAUCUCCGAUGUAAAUUGGUAUUUUCUGCCGAUAUCGACGACGUCAUUGCCACCGUAUCGCGAGUGCUGUAUUCGACCACCGACUCUGUGAAACACAUUGAAGUUGAAGGGGUAAAAAUACUUUCGGAAAUCACCCAACUGUCACUGCUGCCGCUGCUGCUGGUUCUGCUGAGCGAAAGUGACCCUAGCAUGAUGCACCUGACCAUGUUUAUGAGUGCCGUUCUGGCACCCACUCUGGGUUCCCCUCAUGCUACAUCCUUAGGGACGGCGCUGGCGUCGUAUCCCCAUACUCUGGCCUCAAAAACACCGACUAUAGAGGUUUCCCGCAUCAAAUUUGAGAUUCCACCACUCGUACCCGCUUCAAUAGAGAUCGAUGAUGUUCGUCUAUGUCUUUCGCAGGUGUGCACUUCGAUGACUCAGUUCUGUACCGCAUACACUCACCACUUGAAGUUCCGCGAACUAAAGCGCAAACGAGAUAUCAAUCAAAGAGCUUAUGAGUAUCCCCCACGCCAUGCUCAGUAUGUCGUCGAUGACACUACCAAGGAUGACUCGCCGCCAUUAUUCGAAGUGGGACUGCUAAAAAUUGCUUCAGCUGUUGUAAGCAGCAACUCACCUGAUCCUCUUGAGCUCCGCUUUACUAAUGUCUACAUUAAGCAACGACAAGACGUAAUGUAUGGUGGCAUAGAGACUGUGGAUAUGGGAAUCGCCGGGGCUAAUUGGGAACCGGUGUUUCUGUUUGACCAAGAUUCUGAGCGCCGCAAAGCUGAUGUUCGUUUUGAGUCACUGGCGCAACUGGGGGCCACCACCUAUAUUGCCAAACCAGCUCGCCUCACUCUCACUGCUGAUGUAGUAAAGCAGCUUAUGCUGGUCUUGCAACUGACGGUGAGCGUCACUCGUGCCUUGACACAGCUUAAUCUUGCCAUGGAGCGUGACAGUCAUCAAUGUGAACUCGAAGAAGAACCUUUGAGGUUUGUGUUCCAAUCAGCGGAGAUCUUCGUUACUUUUGGCAAUGCUGGACCAUUGCUACAACUUGCUCCCAUUCAUUAUAACCUGGCAAAAAAUCAACUACGGAUGGCAUCGGCUCAGGUCUCACUUGCUGGCACUACUGUACUCUCUUUGGGACCAUUAACGCUCGAUACAGCUGUGCGAGAGUUUGUUGGCGACCGCAAGCGCAAGUAUCACACAGACUUACUGGUUGUAAUUGAUCAAAUUGACGCUAACAUUGACUACGGAGCUUUGGAAGUAUUUUAUGAACUUUUGCUGUGGUUUAAGGUUGAUGAUGUCUCAUCACCAUCGACAACUUCCUCUUCAAACGCACCAACUCAUCUGCGGUUUGCUCCCAAAUCAACAACCGCUGACUGGCGCUUGGUAGUCAAGCUGAUUAAGGGUGAAGUGCGAGCUAUCCCCUCGUUCGAAACCAUCAAAGGAAAGUCAAUGGCGUGGCUCAUUUACCUGUUGAAAGGAGAAAUUAUUGCUCAGGUGAACACUAUAGACGUGAGGCGUUUCUCCGACAACGAUGAGGAAUAUGAGGUGUUAUUGUCUCGAUUAUGGCCUCAAAAGUCGGAGGUAAUGUUUACGGCCAUUCAGAGAGCUAAUCGAAUUGAUAUCUCAAUCAGCGGCGCUUUGGCAUCGUAUCACACUUACUGGCUUACUCUCAACUCAACUGAGAGAUCUCAGAAACGCGAGCAGGAUUCGAGCAUCACUGAAGAUAGCAACGCCACUAUCAAACAAUCUGAGAGCGAGUCUAAAUUUCGGAUCAAUGCGGUAGAUUGUGCCCUUGGUCUACACCCUGGGCGUAUAGCUUCGCAUGCUUACAUACACUGGGAAAAGGCGGUAAUUGACAUGAUGGUUGGUGCUAAUAGCUAUACCAAAGGUUCGGUUAACCUGAUUGGAGUCUGGGUCAUUGAUGAUCUCAUCCACGCGCCGAAGGAGCUUAUUCUGUUUGAAAAACUGCGUUACCUCCGCCUUUUGAAUAUCACGAUGCUUCACUUCGCGGUGACUCAUCCGCCACAAGGCUUGGAUAUGAAGAUAAAUGUGGACAAGGUUACAUCCGAAUGUUGUGCGGAUCUGUGGCAAGUGAUGAUCUCACUCUUUGGUGAUUUACUGGUGCCAACUACAUUCACUGAUAACCAGUUAACUCGUGUUGAACUUGAACAACCGAUUAAUCUUUGGGAUGAUUUGGAAACUCUUGAGCCGAAUGAUCAGAGUGAAGUGACUGAUUUGGACGAAGACAUGUCAAUGUCUAUGUCGCUUGUCAAUAUUCAAGAAAAUUACGUGCCGGUCACGUCACAUACUCCUUUACCACCGCUGUUUCGUCUCCACGUCAAUAUCAGUGAAAUAAAACUUUACUUGUAUGACGGUUAUGACUGGAGUGACACACGCCAGCUGAUCAAGCAACGUGUCAAGAAAAUGGAGCAGCAGAAAACACGGCGGCUGGAACCGCCUGAAGCCACCACCAAAAAGAAAGAGGAUCUGCCUAUUGUCGAUACGCUUUUUCUGCUGAUACAUAUGACAAUGCUGGACCCUGAAGAGUUUACACAAACCGUGAACAGCCAGAUCCAUGGUUCGAAGGAUCCUGAUGAUAACCUUGUCCAUGUGGGUAUUUCGGACCAUUAUGAAGGUCUAGAGCUUCAUCGGUCUAAGACUCAUAAAGUGCAAGUGGUGGCGAAGGGUGUUGAGGUAAUCGUUGAGCUUUAUGAGGACACGCCGCAGCGGCCUACUGCUUCCAAAUUAGAAGUUCUUGUGGAUGACGUACUGGUCUACGACAAUCUCAACACAUCGCUGUGGACGAAAGCUGUGGGUUACUUGCAUAGCCGAGGUCUUCGAGAACUUGGUACUCAUUUGGUACGAGUGCAGAUGACGACAGUGAGAGCCGAUCCUCGCUUAGAAGGAAGUGCUGAGGGUUUUCUUCUGGUACUGGUGCUUCCUCUUCGCCUCCAUUUGGAUCAGGAUACCGUCUCCUUUGCUUCGAGAUUCUUCACUUUCGCCAAUCCCAAGUUUGACUUGCCUGAUGCUCAGGUAUUCUUUUCGAAAGUGUUCAUCAGUGCUUUGGACCUUAAGGUAGAUUACAAACCAAAGCCUUCCUCACUGGGGCUUACCAAUCCCGAACUGCUUUUAGGCAUGUUUGUCGUCGAUGGUCUGAAAAUAAAACUUCAACCAGUCACGGUCUAUGGUGUUGCGUUGGACAGAGUGGGAGAAGCCCUAGCCAUGAGAGGUUGGCUUCCUCAACUUCAGCGCAACUAUCAAGCAAUAUUUGGACUUCUUCUUGGCGUUGGUCCUGUAAAACUGUUGGUCAAUAUUGGUGGUGGGUUUAAGGACCUUGUUGUGGUGCCUUAUAUGGCAUAUUCCAAAGAUCAGCUGCUUCUUCUGGGACUUCGUCGUGGGGCUACAAAGUUUGCUAGACGAACUGGUGGAGAGUUGUUUUCCCUUGGUGCUAAGCUCGCUGUUGGUACACAAAACUUGUUAAUCCAGGCUGAAACGCAAUUUCAACUAUCAGAUAUCCCAGGCGAGGAUGAAGAUCUCAUGUAUUUCUCAACUCAAACUCCCAUUGUGGAACCACCGAAAUCAGAGGUCACUGAAGAAGACAUGGGGUUCUUUGAUGUUCUGGAAGUGCUUCUGCCGAAGCUGAGUAUUAUGGCGUCAAGCCAAGUGCUUUCUCAAAGGUAUAAAAGCAACAACCGGCAAGUUCCUACGAAGCAGUAUUCAUACGAUGAACUCGAUGACAUUUACGAUCCCGAUGACUUGAUGCACAAAUCGUUAGUAUUGCUUGGGCCAGUGGAGGCCAAAGGGGUCAACGCUGCGGGCAAGAAAGUCAGUCUCUACUCGAAUCAACCGGAAACCGUGGAAGAGGGUAUUCACGCAGCUUAUAAAGCCUUGGGCACAAAUCUUAGUGCAACUAAGCGGGUACUUUUGCGGCUUAAGGGUGAUUUGGGAGAACUGGAAACAAUGCAGGAGGCAUUGAUCACCGUGAUUCGACUGAGUCCGUUAGUGCUUAUUCGUCCAAUCAUUGGCACUACUGAAGCUGUGGGGAAGACAUUAAUGGGUUUAGGUAAUGCCAUUGAUCCAGAUCGAGUCAAGGAGGCUCGUGAAAAGUAUGAUAAUCCGCAAUAG